AGCUCUCGUCUCGCCGUGGAAAAACAGAGAGCUUGCGAUCUUUGAAACGAAGGAGAACAAGAGAGAGGGAAUUAGGGUUAGGGUUAGGAUUUCUCUUCGUUGAGUAAUGGCGUGGCGAUCUCUCGGUAAGCUUGUCUCUCAAUCCCUCUCCGCAGGAGGGAGGUGGCAGCAGCAGCAGCUUCGUCGCCUCAACAUUCACGAGUACCAGGGUGCUGAAUUGAUGGGGAAGUAUGGGAUUAAUGUCCCAAAGGGAGUUGCUGUUGCAUCGGUUGAGGAAGUGAGGAAGGCUGUCAAGGAUAUUUUCCCAAAUGAAAAAGAGGUUGUGGUUAAAAGCCAAAUUUUAGCUGGUGGUAGAGGUUUGGGAACAUUCAAAAGUGGGCUUAAGGGUGGUGUACAUAUUGUCAAAGCUGAAGAGGUAGAAGACCUUGCUGGAAACAUGCUAGGUCAAAUUCUUGUCACAAAACAAACAGGCCCACAAGGAAAAGUUGUGAGCAAGGUCUACUUGUGUGAAAAGCUGUCCCUCGUCAAUGAAAUGUACUUCGCAAUCACACUUGAUCGCACAUCCGCUGGUCCAAUUAUCAUAGCAUGUAGAAAAGGGGGAACUAGCAUUGAAGAUCUUGCAGAAAAGUUCCCUGACAUGAUUGUCAAGGUACCAAUUGAUGUUUUCAAAGGAAUCACUGAUGAAGAUGCAGCUAAAGUUGUUGAUGGAUUGGCACCAAAGGUGGCUGACAGAAACACUGCGAUAGAACAAGUGAAGAAGCUAUACAACUUAUUCUGUGAAUCUGAUUGCACAUUGCUAGAGAUAAAUCCAAUUGCUGAGACAGCUGAUAACCAGCUAGUAGCAGCAGAUGCGAAGUUGAACUUUGAUGACAAUGGUGCUUUUCGGCAGAAAGAAAUAUUUGCCCUCCGUGAUUCAUCACAAGAGGACCCCAGAGAGGUUGCUGCUGCUAAAGCAGAUCUGAACUAUAUUGGACUGGAUGGAGAAAUUGGAUGCAUGGUGAAUGGUGCAGGAUUGGCAAUGGCCACAAUGGAUAUUAUAAAACUGCAUGGUGGUACACCUGCAAAUUUCCUAGAUGUUGGUGGGAAUGCUUCAGAAGGCCAGGUGGUCGAAGCAUUUAAAAUAUUAACGGCUGAUGAUAAGGUCAAGGCAAUUUUGGUCAACAUUUUUGGAGGAAUUAUGAAAUGUGAUGUCAUUGCAAGUGGAAUCGUCAAUGCUGCGAAGCAGGUUUCAUUAAAAGUACCAGUUAUUGUUCGUCUGGAAGGUACCAAUGUCGAUCAAGGGAAGCGAAUUCUCAAGGAGAGCGGGAUGACUUUGAUUACAGCCGAAGAUUUGGAUGACGCCGCAGAGAAGGCAGUGAAAGCAUCAUCACAGUAGACGCAUAAUACCUUGAUUUCCCUUUUUAUUUGGCUGAAAAGAAACCCAAUGAAUGAUGAUCCAUUGGCAGAUACAUUCAACUUGGAGUUGACAAACAGACAAUAAAACAGAUAACCAAAUUUUUUCUCUUCCAAAGAACAGGACUGGCUGUAUUUUUCUCAGUUUUCCUUUAUUGUAAUUCAGCUACACUGGACCUUGAUUUUGUUAAAAGAAUCAUUCAGUUUUCUUA